AAUCAAGGAAAUGUUUUUCUGUCACGUCGACGAACGCUGGUAGUAAAGAGGAGGAAGAAGGGAAAUAUAAACUAAUGCGAAGAGUUUAUAUUUAAUCUCCAACAUCUAUGCAUACCUUGGAUAUAAUUGGACGUUAUGCUAAGUAUUCCUUGAUUUUUUAAGAAUAUUAUCAUUCCUAUUUUUGAUGGUGCAAGAAGUGGUCAACGUGAGCUGCUACCGUUAGCCAGUUGUAACAACAUUAGCCGAAGCUAGCACGUUCGCAUGCAAGGCCGCGGACCAAAGGAGAUGACUGCUUCCUGUACCAUCUUUGUGAAACAUUUCCUUUGGAAGGUUUGAUUCACAUUUUAUUUUAUAAGGCGAGUAAGUGUUAACCGUAUUCUAUUUUAGAAACGUCCCUUUUAGUCCAGCUAGCAGGGGACGUAGCUAGUUGAAGAUAUAACCAGCAAACAUGAGUGAGUCGGUGGGGUGCAAGCAAGCACCAACCAAACGAUGCGCGCCACCCGAGGAUGAGAGUGGCCCUACCCCUUUCAAGCUUCCCAAAGUAACCGACACAUCAAACGAAAAACCAUCAACUUCACAAAGUUGCACGAGCAAGGAAGUCGAACGCAAAGAAACUACCGGUAAUGGUGCGAUUACGGUAGGCCAAGGGGGACCUUCUUCUGCAAAACCCGACCAGACGGAAACACACACGAGCGGUACCGUUGAAGCACAUUCGUCGGAUCUCCCGGGUACCAUAAAUGCACGAGGAGAUGGUGGAGGACAUGAGUGUCCUCCAUCAACUUCCACGGACCAAUCAGAUGAUUCAGCAGCUAUCGCGGCUGCUGAGGCACUAGCCAGUCUAACUGCAGGAGCUGGAGAGGAAAGUAAAAAAACCUCUUCAUCAUCAAAUAAAGUGAAACGGGAUGAAAGGGAGAGUAAAGUCAAACUUGGGGUUCGGGACUCCUUAAAGCAAUCCUUAAAGACGCUGGCAGCUGCAGCAGACAGCUCCACCUCUGUGCACAGUGUGGCCAGAGGGGAUGUGGAAGACAUCCCAGAUACAGAAGAGGAAGACCCCGGCACGACACCGGCCUCCUCCUCCACGCCAAGCUCCUCUCUCCCCUCCGACAACGAGGACGAUGAAGAAGAUGGCGAGUGCGCCAUAGUCUCCGUCAAGAUGGCCCCUGAGAUCCGGCAGUCGGUGACCCUGCUGGCGCAGGUACAGAUGAGGCUGGAGACCCUGGAGAAGAAGAGCGUCCGCCUUCAUCAGAGGCUCGACAUGAAGAUGAACCGGCAGCGGCGGCCUCACCUGGACCAGCGUCGGACCAUCACCCAGUCUAUCCCGGGCUUCUGGGUCACCGCUCUGUUGAACCACCCGCAUCUCUCCGCUCACAUCGACGAGACCGAUGAGGACGCACUCAGUUACAUGAUCGACCUCGAGAUCGAGUCUUUCAAGAACAGCAAACUGGGUUCCAGGAUCCGCUUCCACUUCAGGAGGAACCCGUACUUCCAGAACAACGUCAUCAUGAAGGAGGUGCACCUCGGGAUGGGAGGAUCCCCGGUGUCCUUCUCCAACCCCAUCCUCUGGCACCGUGGGCAGAACCUGAUGGUGCACAGCGACCCCAGGAACGGCGAUGGCGUCUACCAGACCUUCUUCAGCUGGUUCAGUGACCAUAGCAACCCGGGCCGAGACGACAUAGCGCAGAUACUUAAGGAUGACCUUUACCGGGACCCCCUGAGGUACUACCUGACCCCUCUGUGGGAACCCCGCGAGAACGGCAGUAGUGCCAGCGGAGCGAGGGCGGCGGACAACAGCAACGGGGACGACUGCGUGGUGAUCUCCGACUCGGAUGACGACGACGACGAGCAGAGUGACACCGGAGUGGGUCACAGCCGGGAGCAGCAGGAGGAGGAGGAGGACGAUGAGGAGGAGGAAGAGGAAGAAGAAGAAGAGGAGGAGGAGGAGGGAGAAGAUAAAGGACAAGGCUCCGACUACAGCGACCAGGAGCCAAGGGAAGAGGAGGAAGAGGAUUCGUUUGGUGAUAAAGACGAAGAUGUGUAUGUGGAAGAUGUAGAGGAGUCACCCGGGGACCCGAAGGCCAAAGACCAGGAGGAUGAGGAGGACAUUGAUGUCGACGAGGAGGGCGACGAAGAGGACGAGAGAAAAGAUUGAAAGAUUAGGAAUUAUAACUCAUUACUUAUGCAUAGGAAUCCAGCCGUUGUUUAAUCCCCAUAUUGCUUAGUGGCGUUUUAAUCCGGCAUACCAUAAUAAAAGUGAAAUGGCAAUGCUCCCUUUUGCUUUUCAAAGAAAUGUACUAUACUUCAUAGAUAUAUACAAGUGUAGUAAUGAAUUAAAUGAAUCAACAUCCUCAGUUUCAAUUUGGUAAUCAUGCAUAUCAAGCAUCAUGUUUGAUUAAUUAAAUUGCUUUAGGAUAAUUUCAGAUGUUGGCACCUUUUUCAUGACGAGUUGUGAACUAAAAUUUGUUCUCAGGGAUGACCGUAGUGGUUACAUAAUAGAGAGUAGUAAUUAGGAUAUUUUUCAAAUGUUUGCUGUGUAAUAUAAGUGUAUUCUACUGUAGUAACUAGAAACCAAGGACAAUAUUGUUAGCCACAUCUUUGUAUCAGUCAUACAAACACGCACACACACACCAAUACUCCCCUGAACAAGUUUUUAAAGAGACAGUCAUGUCUCUGAAUUCUACCGGUUUUGUUUGUUUUAAUUCUGUAUUAUUUAAUCAUCAAUUUGUCUAUGGGAAUACUUAUUUUGUACAUCCUUCUGGUUAUAAUUAAGGAAUUGAGGAUCUAGUUAGGUUUUAACCAAAUUAUCUUGGGAGCAUGCUUUUGUAAUUUUGUGUUUCUCUUAUUUGUCCAUCUAUACUUUAGGAACUUUUAUUUAUUUUACUUUUAACAGUAUGACUGUUCAGGCUAAGGUGUACGUUUUGUGCCGCGCUCCAAAUUCAGGCAGUGAGGUUUUCAGCCAGUUACUUCAUGCAUGGCUACAGUUUGACACACUGGUAUAACAGUUUCUACAUUUCUAUUUACUUUUCCUAGUGAUAGAUUUCUUGUAAAUAUUUUUUCUGCAAAGUCUUUUUUCACAGGCUGUUGAUCUGUUUAAGCCAUUACUAAAUUUCUCAACUAAUCUAGGAUUUUACAUAAAAUUCAUAAUCAGAAAGUUAUAUUUUGUGUGCAGAUUUUUUAUAGAAAACUAGUUCGAAAAAUAUGUAUUUUUUUUUUGGUUUGCUUUUUAAGAUAUAUGAUGUCCACCUUUUGAUCAGACCUAAUAAAUGGUGAAUUGUU